CACCCUCAACCAGCCAGGUGCCGAUCAUGACAGUGCAACGCAAGAAUUUAGAAAGGUCAUAGCAUGUGCAAAGCCAAGUCAUUGUUGAAGUUUCAUCAGCUGAAUUUUUCCAUUUUCCACUUUCCAGGAAGUUACUUUCCUCACAAAACCAGCACCUGAAAAUUCCAUUUCCCUUUUUAAUCACUGCGUUAGAUUCAAUGAUCUCAAGGUUCAUACUUCAUAGUUCUUUCAUUUUGUUGAACACCUAGUGGGAGAGACUCAAUGAUUUCACCACUUUUUCAUAGCCAUCUUUGCCUGUUUAUCCUUGCAAGCAUCCUUUGGAUUAUUGCAACAGUUGAGGCUCAAGCAAAUGUAACUGUAGGCAAGUCGCUUGCUGCAGAUGAUACAAACACCACCUGGCAAUCGCCAUCAGGUGUUUUUGCCUUUGGUUUUCACCCCAUUACUAGUAAAAAAGAUCGGUUUCUUCUUGCAAUCUGGUAUGCUAAUAUACCAGAAAUAACUAUAGUCUGGUAUGCUAAUAGAGAUAACCCCGAAACCGAUAGAGGAUCGACGGUGGAACUCACCGAGACCGGUUUUCUUGUUCUUAACGACUCUAAAGGAAAAGAGUUGUGGAGGUCUGAGAGGGCUACUGAUGAUUUUCAAUUGUCCCAUGCAGCCAUGCUUGACACGGGGAAUUUCGUUAUUGUCAGCAAAAACUCAACCAACAUAUGGGAGAGCUUCAACUAUCCAACUCAUACCAUCUUACCGUCUCAAGAAUUGGGUGUUGAUGGCAGUCUUGUAUCAGCCCAAACAAAUUAUGGUAAGGGAAAAUAUCAACUUCGUUUCAAAACUAAUGGAUCUCUUGUGCUUAAUCAAAUAGAUAUGUUCACUGGCAAACCUUACGAAGAAUACUUUAGUUUCCCCUCGGGAAACGGUUCUCGGUUGGCCUUCGACAACGACACGGGGGAUAUUCUAAUCUGGAAUUCGAAUGGAACUCUAGUCGACAAUGUGACAAAAGAUGUUGAGCCAAGACCAGACUUAUACUACUACAGGGCGACACUUGACCUUUAUGGAGUUUUCACUUUGUAUUCUUAUCCAAGGAACCCCAGUGGUGGUGCAAGCUGGUCUGUGUCCAAGGCUUGGCCACCGAACAUAUGUCGUGCGUUUGUCGGUUCAGCACUUUCACGUGGACAGAAUAGAUAUGGAAUUGGCCCUUGUGGUUGUAAUGGCAUCUGCGAACUUAUCGAUGCGAGGCCAAAUUGUUCAUGUCUCCCUGGAUUUUCUUUCUUGGAUGACAAUAAUCACUAUGCAGGCUGCAAACAAGAUUAUGCAGGCGACCCUGGAGAUUGCAGCCCCGAUGGAUCCACCAUUGGGGAAGACCGGUUCGAAUUCCAGAAUAUUUCAUUUGUUAAUUUUCCAUUGAGUGACUAUGGAAUAUUUUACCCUGCAACUGAGUUGGAAUGUCAGCAAUCUUGUCUUCGUGACUGUUCUUGUGCAGUUGCCAUUUAUCCAACUACAAAGAAUAAUGGCAAUGCAACUUGUUUUAAAAAGCAACUUCCGCUUUCAAAUGGGCACAGAGAAGAUGGUCUUGAUAGUACAGUUCUAGUUAAGGUACUUAAGUCCGAUGCCUCAAAGAAACAACCGGAUGCCUCAAAGAAAAAACCGGCCACGCCGAGUAAUCAAGCUAUUGUGAUCCUUUCGGUUCUCUUAGGCACCUUUGGAGUUUUAGCUGCAAUUUCUCUAAUCUUCUUCUGCUUAUUCCGAAGAAGAGUUCACGACUUAAAUGGUGUUCGUAGUCCUAGCAGAAGAGAUUUAGAGACUAAUCUGCAGUUUUUCACAUACAAAGAUCUCGAGCAUGCCACGAACCGGUUCAGUGAAGAACUUGGAAGAGGAGCUUUUGGCACCGUUUAUAAAGGAGAAUUGCCAUCAAUCUAUGGAAAUUGUGUUGCAGUGAAAAAACUAGACAAGUUUGCUCAAGAUGGUGAAAGGGAAUUCACAACUGAAGUGAAGGUCAUCGGCCAAACUCACCACAAGAACUUGGUGAGGCUAAUUGGCUACUGUGAUGAAGCUGAACAUAGACUUCUGGUCUAUGAGUUCAUGCAAAAUGGCUCAUUGUCAAGCUUCCUUUUCGGAGUUCCAAGGCCUAGUUGGCAACAAAGAUUGCAAAUUGCGUCAAUGAUUGCAAAAGGCCUUGCAUACUUGCAUGAAGAAUGCAGCAAACAAAUCAUCCAUUGUGACAUAAAGCCACAAAAUAUACUAUUGGAUGAGUCCUUCACCGCAAAAAUAUCCGAUUUCGGGUUGGCAAAGCUUCUGAUGACCGACAAAACCCGAACCAAGACCGGCAUACGAGGGACUAAAGGCUACGUAGCACCAGAAUGGUUCCGAAACACCCCGGUUACUGUCAAGGUUGAUGUUUACAGCUUUGGGGUGAUGUUGUUGGAGAUCAUAUGUUGCAGAAGAUGUGUGGAAGUUGAAAUGGAGGAAGCAGCAAUAUUAACAGAUUGGGCUUUCCAGUGUUACAGCGAAGGGAUGAUUGGAAAACUGGUUGAAAAUGAUGAAGAAGCUAGAAAUGAUGUUGAGACAUUGGAGAUGUUAUUAAAAGUGGCUAUUUGGUGCGUGCAAGAAGAUCCAUUGUUAAGGCCUUCCAUGAGGAUUGUUGCAAUGAUGCUUGAAGGUGUUGUCCAAGUUCCUAAUCCACCAUGCCUUUUUCCACUCAAUUCAAUGUCAAUGUCUGUGUCUACGAAAAUGAUCUAGUUUUGAAUGUUGUUAAAGCUGGACUGGGAAUAGGUUAAAAAAGUAGUACAAUUUCCAACAGCUUAUUUUUAGUUAAUUUUAGAUAAUGGUUAGUAGUAGUAAACAUAUCUAGUUUUAGUCAUUUAUUUGUUUCGUUUUAGAUAAUGAUUUAGUGUUGAUGAAUAUGUUGUGUUCCAUGGAAACAUACGCGGAAAGUAGCUUAGUGGAUUUAGCUCUUUCAAUAAAGAGUUAAGUACAUCUAUUUUCACAAGUUUAUUUAUUGCUAUUUUUGCUUGCUUUUUUUUUUUAUGGAAUACAAUGUCAGGU